AGCGUGUGCAGAUCAGUUGUCUGCAGCCGGUGGAAAAGUCAGUCAGAGCAGAGUGGGAAUCAAACCAACGACCUGUCAGUUACAGACAGAGGAGCUGAGAGGUGUGUUUCCCCAUGGCGUCAGGUGUGUGUGUGUUGUGUGUGAGUGUGUGUGUCAGUGUGUGUUUGGCAUUUAACCUCGACACGUCGUUCCCGCUGCUGAAGACGGGAAGGAACGAAAGUUUGUUUGGACUGUCUGUCGCCCUGCACCAAGACCUGAAGACAGACGCCUACCUGCUAUUGGUUGGAGCUCCCAGGGAGAAGGCGGAGCCUGGUGUUUCAGCCAAUCAAACAGGAGGAGUGUAUGUCUGCCCGAUCACCAUGGACCAAUCAGACUGCAGCAGAAUGAAGCUCAUAGAUCCAGACCUGAACCCGUCUGAGGACUUGUAUGAAGACAUGUGGCUAGGCGUCUCUGUAGCCAGUCAGGGACGACCAAGGGGCAGGGUCUUGGCCUGCGGUCAUCGCUUCGUUAAACUCUUCGGACCGUUAAAACUCAGACAGAUGAUUGGUCGAUGUUAUCUCCGUGGAAACGACCUGCAGUACGAUGACAGCGAUAUGCACUGGCAGAACCUAAAGCAGCCCUGCAGUCACCUGGAUGAUGUCAGAGGUGAAGCCAUGUGUAACAUGGGGAUCUCAGCCUCCAUCACUCAGACUGAGGUCAUCGUCGGAUCACCUGGAAGCUAUGAAUGGCAAGGAAAUGUCCACGUUUCCUGGAUGAAUCCUGACGAUGUCUAUGACACCCAGAAGAGCUUCUUUCACAAAAUGGAAGAGAGGAACAUUUAUAUAGGAUAUUCAGUCACUCAGGCUCGUCGUCUUCUCUCUAAGGAGGAUGAAACCAUAGUAACAGGAGCUCCUAAGGACAAUAAAAAUGACAGUUUUGGCUCUGUGCUGUUGGCGGUGAAACGGUCUAAGGAGCUGGUGAUUCAGCAGAGGCUCCGCGGUGAACAGACAGGAUCAUACUUCGGUAACACCGUGGCAACCACCGACAUCAACAACGAUGGGUGGAACGACCUGCUGGUGGGUGCUCCUUUUUACUUCCAUCGUCAGCCAGAGGCGGGUGGGGCAGUUUACGUCUACAUGAACUCAGGAGGAGGCUUUGAUUCUAAACCCAGCGUGGUGUUGAGAGGACCAGCCGGAUCUGCGUUUGGUAUGGCUGUUAGUGCUGCAGGAGACCUGAACCAAGACGGCUUCCAAGACUUCGCAGUCGGAGCUCCAUUCCAUGAAAGAGGAAGUGUGAUGAUCUGGACCGGGAGCAGUAAGGGGGUCUCUACAGAACCAAGCCAGGUGAUCAGGGGCAGCAGCAUCUCUCCUCGGUUCAGGACUUUUGGGUACUCACUGACUGCAGGUCUGGAUGUUGAUAAGAACAAAUAUCCAGACCUGGUGGUUGGUUCUCUGGAUGACACUGUCGCUCUGCUCAGAACUCGACCAGUCAUUCACCUCAAGAAAACACUCUCAGUUUCUCCAGACGUUGUUGACCCGAACAACUGCGAUUUCUGUAUUCAGGUGAAGGUGUGUCUCUCCUACAAUUUCAGCACUGGAGAGAAGAGCGACAGAGACAACAUCAUCGUCCACUUCACCGUGACCGCCGAUGUCACCAGUAUCAAGCCCCGCCUUCGGUUCCGUGACAACGGGAAGAGCAUGUUCUCCGGCUCCCUGCCAAUGCCGAAAAAACUCUGUGAAACCCUAGAAGUCGGACUGCAGAGUCUGAUCGAAGACAAAGUGGAACCUCUGGUUUUCUCCCUGAAUGUCUCUCUGCACGAGAAGCUUCCCAAGAACAGAAAUGUUGUGCAAGACCUGAAACGCUUCCCUGUGCUGAGCCAGACACCUCAACCCAUCAGAAAACAGAUCCACAUCCAGAAGGCCUGUGGUUCUGAUAACCGUUGCCAUAGUAACCUGCAGAUGACAGCCCAGUUCACAGAUGGAAACCAGAAACCGUUCCCCAUGCAGAAUGGUAGUCAGGUUUUGCACUACAAUGGCAGCAUAAAAAGACUGUCUCUGGAGAUUAACAUCAGCAACAUACCGUCACUGGACCGACCAGCAGAGGACGCUCAUAAUGCCAUUUUGAACAUUAGCAUCCCACCUUCUCUCAGUUACUCAGCAGUUCGAACAAAGGGUGACACCUCAGCACCAGUGAAGUGUUCUGGUGACACUGUUCUUCUGUGUGAGCUGGGGAACCCGUUCAAAAGCAACCAGAAGGUUCAGGUGUUGAUCAUAUUUCAGCCAUCUGACAUCAGUUUGGACACCAGAGAGAUCCUGUCUCUGCUGCAGCUGUCCACGCUCAGCGAACAGUCGGAUCUUUCUCCUCUCUCUGUCUCCAUGUUGGUGGAGUAUUCUCUGCAGACAUCCCUCAUUCUAAUCAGUCAUCCAGACCCCACCCCCUUCAGUGGUCAUGUGAUUGGUGAGUCGGCCAUGAAGACGACGGAGGACAUCGGCAGUCUGCUGCUCUUCACCUUCCGGGUGCACAUCAGUGGGAAGCCGCUGGGUCACCUCGGUAACCUGGAGGUGGAGUUUGAUUGGCCGAGGGAAGUGUCCAAUGGGAAGUGGCUGCUGUACCUCACGGAGAUCCAAGUGAACGGAACCUCAGAGCCUCGCUGUCGUCCUCCCAACAUCAUCAACCCUCUCAACCUCGUGCUGGCAAAGGAGAAGGAAAAGAAGAGGGGGAGGAGGAGUCUGAAGGAGGAAGAGGUGAAGGAGAAGAAGGAACAGCAGAGUGAAAAAACUCCACCUGUUGUCCCCCUGCAGGGAAAGAAGAAAAAGUCCUACGCUCUGGACUGUGCACAGGGAGCUAGAUGUGUGACGUUCGUCUGUCCGUUGAUCAACAUGAACAACUCAGCGACUCUGACUGUCAGAGCCAGACUGUGGAACUCCACCAUGAUCGAGGACUACAGUGAUGCCAGGAGUGUGUUGGUUCGAGGCCGGGUGACUCUGAAGCUGCAGACCAACAAACCCACCAUCAACAUGGAGCCUCAGAGCGCUGAGAUUGAGGUCUCCAUUUAUCCAGACCUGGGUCAUCAGGUGGACUCUGGCGCCCCUUUGUGGAUCAUCGUGGUGUCUGUCCUGGCUGGAGUCUUACUGCUGGCUCUGAUCUGCCUGGUGCUCUGGAAGUGUGGGUUCUUUGUGCGUCAAGUGGUGUGGCGGACGGCAGAGCUCCACCAGGGGAGGAUUAUGGGUAAAGACAAACAGCAGCAGUACACAGACUCUGACGGCUUCCUGAUCCAGGACCACGCCUUCUCGUCCAGGAGCAGGAAGUCACCGAAGCACUGGGUUACCUCCUGGACUGAGACUCACUGAGAGACUGACCAAAUCCAUGGGAACAUGUCCAGACCAGACCAAACCAAACCAGACAGGACAGGACUAAACCAUACCAGACCAGACAGGACAGGACAGUACAGGACCAAACCAGAUCAGACCAGAUUAGAACAAUACACUGCCUGACUGUGUGUGUGUGUGUGUGUGUGUGUGUGUGUGUGUGUGUCUCCUGCCAUGUGACAACCUCUAAUCUUGUUUACAUUUACUUCAUUGUGUACUAAUAAAUGGAGAUACAAGGUUUUCAGCUGACAGCAGAGUUCAUGAUUUAAAUAUUUCUCUGUAAACAGCAGCUGGUGGUUUCUGUGUAUAUGGAGCAGUUUGUUUAUUAUUUCUGUGUAUUUCAAACAUUUUUUUUUGUUUACCAUAUGUGAACAUUUCCCAGCAUGCUCCUGGCCUCUGAGACCAGAUAUAAAGAAAAGAGUAUAAAUCUUUGACCAAGUUAAACUCUGGUCUUCAGUGGUGGUAACGUCCUUAUGUGUCCUGAUCAUGGAUGUAUUAACAGAUGUGAAAUGACGCCUCCAGUCAGUCUGUGGUCAGUCACGGUACUGCGGCUAAAAAAAAUACUCAAAAUCUUUUUCCUUAUAGACCCCCAUUUGAAAAGAGACAUUGGUAAAACUGCUGCAAAUGUGAGUUAUUAUCCACUGUGUUGAGAGAAAACUAAAAUAGAAUACAAUUAAAUAAAAAAUACUAAUAGUCCACCAUCCAGUUUUUAAAAUACAUCCAUGGUCCUGAUACAGGAUGAUAAAGGACUCAGUUUUCUGUCAUGGAAAUUUCUACCUCCUCCUCAUCUUUACAACAUCAGGGCUUAUUCUUGUAUCAGAUCACAAAUUCAGCCAACAAACUGUCCUCAUAUAACAUGUUUUCCCUUUGUGCGCCACUGUUGCUAAUUUAGCUUAACUUAGGCUAACUGUGUCGGGAAACAUAUAUCUUAAAUAUGGACCAAAAAGUUAAAGUGGAAAUGAAGCAGCUGCUUAGACAAAAUGAGCUGAAAGAGAUCUGAAAGGACGUAAAUUAAUGACUGACUCAUGAUUUGGAAAAUAAUCAGACAGGAGUGAACAGGACUUGUAGUGAAAGGGCUAAAAUAUAAAAAGUGGUCUGCUCCUUUAAGAACCAAAGGUGGCGGCAGAGGUCAGUGUUAACAUGUUCUGAUGAUGUUGUGUUUAAAUGCUUUUUUCAAGGGCUCCUUGUAAACUCCUUGUUCCCCUUAGUUGGAAGUAAAAAUAUUUGUGUUGCUUUCUGGUGCUGAAGGAUCCUGCAACAAAAAUCCUGUUUGUUGUCAUUGUUCUUCUGCUGAACUGGUUUUGGUGUCAUGUCCCUUCACUGCCUUAAUUCCUACAUGUUUAUAUGAUUGUGAUAUUUCUGACUGCACAUGAAAGCAGCAUGGGUUUAUGUGUAAAACCUUGAGUCCAGAUUGUGUGGAUGUGGUUUGUUAUCACUGUGGUGCAGUUUUGUCACUAUGUCUCCUGCAUGUUGGUAAUAUUAAAGUAUUUUCAGACAGUUUACUGACAAGUACGUUACCUUCA